CACACAUCUCUCUUUCUUCCUUCUCAUUUCCUCGCAUCUUCCUCUAAAAAAAAAAAUCAAAGAAACCAACAAAAUAAAAAGUGCCCAUCAUUACAAAUCUUAUUUCCACCUUAUAUUUACACACACUUCUCUUCUUUCCUUUAAUCAUACAAACCACACCAAGAGGAAAGAAAAAUAAGAUACCACUCACCAAAAACUUCCUCAAAACUAACAAAUGGAUACUAAUAAAGCAAAAAAGCUUAAAGUUAUGAACCAACUCGUUGAAGGCCAUGACUUAACAACUCAGCUUCAGCAACUCCUCUCUCAACCCGGGUCCGGUCUAGAGGAUCUAGUGGCUAAAAUCUUAGUGUGUUUCAAUAACACCAUCUCCGUUCUUGAUACCUUCGAACCCAUCUCCUCCUCCUCAUCCCUCGCCGCCGUUGAGGGAUCUCAAAAUGCUUCAUGUGAUAACGACGGCAAGUUUGAAGAUUCCGGCGAUAGUCGGAAAAGAUUGGGACCCGUUAAGGGUAAAAGAGGAUGCUACAAAAGAAAAAAGAGAUCGGAGACGUGUACUAUAGAGUCGACUAUACUUGAGGACGCAUUUUCUUGGAGGAAAUAUGGACAAAAGGAGAUUCUUAAUGCCAAAUUCCCAAGAAGUUACUUUAGAUGCACACACAAGUAUACCCAAGGGUGCAAGGCAACAAAGCAAGUCCAGAAGGUUGAGCUCGAACCCAAGAUGUUCAGUAUCACAUACAUAGGAAACCACACGUGUAACACCAACGCAGAAACUCCCAAGAGCAAGACUUGUGACCAUCAUGAUGAGAUCUUCAUGGAUUCCGAAGAUCACAAGAGUCCUAGUUUAUCUACCUCAAUGAAGGAAGAAGACAAUCCUCAUCGUCAUCAUGGUUCGUCCACGGAGAAUGACUUGUCAUUGGUGUGGCCAGAAAUGGUUUUCGAAGAAGAUUAUCAUCAUCAGGCCAGUUACGUCAAUGGGAAAACGAGUACAUCUAUCGAUGUUUUGGGUUCUCAGGAUCUCAUGGUGUUUGGAGGUGGCGGCGAUUUCGAGUUUAGCGAAAAUGAGCACUUCUCUAUCUUCAGUUCAUGUUCGAAUCUAUCUUGAGUUUACCACUACUAUAGGACUAAGACCAUGAGUUUUAAUCAUUAAUUAGGCCAUGUAGAGUGGAAAACAUAUAAUACAUAUUUUGCCCUUUUCUCUAAUGAGUGUAUGUACUGUACAUAUAGUACUAUAAAUAAAACUCUUGCUGGAUUAAAACAUCCCUCCCUUUAGAUUGAUUCUCAACACUUUGAUUUUUCCAACUCACAAUCCUUUUCUUGGAAAUACGAUGUCGUAUUGCGCAGAGGUAAGUCGACGUGACGACGUCUACUGACUAUAGUGAUUUUAGCCACUACUAUUUUAGUAGCAACAUUUCCCUCUAUUAUUAUUUCUUUGUCGACAUCCCCCCUCUACUGCAUCAAUAACAAAUACUUGAU